AGACGCCCUGCACGAGGGACGGUGAAAGCAGAGAGAGAGGACAGAGCCACCCCGGUGGCGGUGGUGUUUCCCGCUGCCCCAGCGCUGCCGGGGCUCUCUGCCCUCCCGAAGACGGGGAGCCUAACUUGUCUGGCCGCCGGCCCCCUGGGGUGACCCCUUGGACCUUGCCCAUGUCACCCCCCGCUGCUCGCAGCCCUGGGGCCCCCCUUCCUGGCCCAGGCGGCGCCCUCUGCCUGGAAUGCCCUCCCCACCUUUGAGGGAGGUGUCCUGGGAGGGCGGGCGGGGAGCCAGGCUGGGGAAGUGGCACAGAGGCCCCCACACCGGCCUGCGGUCUGACAGUUGCACGGCACUUCCGGACCACAGCGGCCGCAGGCACACUGUCCUGGCAGGCCAGGGUGGCAGCUGCCCGGAGUCUGUCCCCAAGGCCCACCCCCUGCCCCUGGUCACUCCAGUUCUGCAGAGGCACAGGGUCCUUCCCCCUGCCCUGAAAAGUUGAUGGGUGACAUUCCUGCCUGCCCCAUGAGGACAGGAGUCCAGAGAGGGCAACAAACCCUCCCAGAGAGAGCCACACAGCGGGUCAAGGCCAGGCAAGAAGACCAAGACCGCCCCUCUUGCCUGGGUCCCUGCACCCCCACCAACGCCAUGGAGCCCUCCUGGCUCCCGCAUGGGCCCGCCCGCGCACGCCCCCUGGAGUCCUCCUCCCGCCCACGCACGCCCCCAACUCUGACCUUCAGCAUGAGCAGCCCCCCGACGCUCACAGAGACCCCCGCACCUGACGCCCCCACCUGGCCGACUCAGCCUACCUACGGCAACCUCGGUGAGGUCCGCGCCCACCUGCUGCCCUCCAAGGCCUGCCGGCCCCCCCGGAAAUCUGGGCCCCCCUCGGCUGACCCGCAGCCCCUGCCCCCACCCCUGCCCAAGAAGAUCCUGUCCAGGACCCAGUCUCUGCCCAGCCACAGGGCCCCCAGCCGCAGCCCUGCUCCGGAAAGGCAGCCCCGGAGGCCCUUUCUGGGGUCCCACAGUGUGGACGAGCGCCAGGCGGAUGACGGCCAAGCUCGGCCAGCCUGUCCCCUUGCAGAGCCGCCCUUCAGCUCCCUCGACACCUCACUGGGCCUCUCCUGGCACGACCUGAAUUGCCCUGAGGACACGCGCGCCGUCCUGGAGGCCCGGCAGCUGGAGGGUCUCCGCACUGUGCACUCCCGGCUCGAGGCCCGGCUUCUGGGGGGCCACCCGGGCCCCUGCCACCCCGGCCACAGCUUCCGCCUCCUGGACAGCUCGCCCUACGUGGAGAGUGGGGACGCCCUCUACUACCGCAUGGUGCGGGUGGGCGACGAGUCGUGGCACCUCCUGGCGGCCAAGGUGUCCAAGUCGGGAGCGGAGGAGCCUCGCCCGUGGGGCCUGGAGCUGCAGGCCUCACUGCCCCCACACUUCAACCUCCAGGGGCUGUGCGGCCUGGUGCCCGAGGGCGCACUGCCCGGGGUGCCCUGGACGGGCCCCGUGGUGCUGGCGGCCGAGGUGCCGGAGCGCACGCUGACCCAGUGGCUGGCAGAGGUGGGCACGCGGCGGCGGCCGGCGGAGUUGGCCUGGGCGGCGGCCCUGCUCCUGCUGCAGCUGAGCGCGGCCCUGGAGCAGCUGGAGGCGCGCGGCGCGGCCCUGGCGGAGCUGCGGCCGGAGAACCUGCUGCUGGCGGCGCCCCGGGGCUGUGCGGCCGCCGGGCCCCCGCGCCUGCUGCUGGCCGACUUCGGCCGCGUCCACCCACAGCCGCCGGGAGCCCCGGGCGCCCACGCGCCGCAGCUGGGCCGCCUGCUCCGCACGCUCCUCGGCCUCGCCGCGCCCUCAGCCACGCCCUUGGCCGACGGCCUGGAGACUCUGGCGGCCCGGCUGGCCCGCUCCCGGCCCUCGGCGGCCCAGACGCGCGGCGCGCUGCGGGCGCUGCUCUGGGGGCCCGGGCCCGAGCUGCACCGCCAGGGGGCGCUGCUGGGGCCCUGGCUGCAGGUGCGCCGCGCGCUGCUGGUCCUGCACCUGGCCGAGCGGGCCUCGGGUGGGGAACUGCCCGGCCUGGAGGACUGGCUGUGCUGUGAGUACCUGGCCGAGGCCACCGAGGCCUCGCUGAGCCACGCCCUGGCACUGCUGUGGGACUGACGCCUCCAAGGGCCGCGUGCCUGUCUGUUGGGGGGGGGGGGGUGGCAGGCACACAGGGGACCUGGGCCGGAAGGCCAGCCGACAGUGAGGGAAUGUGGACGCCUCUUCUGGGGAGCCUGCCCCCUGCCGUGCUGGGGACUUAGGCCCAAGUCGUCCCCAGGAAGGCAGGGGGCUAAUGGCCAGCGCCUCCCGAAGCUUCCUGAUGCUGGACGGCCCAGCCCUCCCCCAGCUGUGCACACUCCCUAUCAACCGUCUCCGUGAGAGGGUGGGACCCCUCCGCCCACCUCCCGGCAGAGGCGAGGAGGAUGCCCUUCUAGUGCUGGAGUCUGAUGGUCACUGUCUUCAUGAGAAGGUGGCCACGGUCCCUCCGAUGCCGGUAGCAGAGGCAUCUCUGGCCCUGGAGCACCCCCUUGUGCUGAGGACGGCCAGUGAUCCUGAGUGUGAACGUCCUUGUCAAGAAUGGCUUAAAAAAAAAAAAAGAAUGGCUUGGGGUCUCCGGGGGGAGGGAAAGCUCCCCAGAACCUGAGACACCAGCCCACCCGGCAGAGCCCACCCCAGAGGAGUCUGAACUCACCUGCCCCAAUGCCACCCCGCCAGUCUCUGCACCCGCCGUGGCCCCCUCCCUGGUGCUCCGUGAAAUUAAAUUUUGUCCAGCCACCAAGCCUUUCCAUGGGCUGUUCCCUCUGCCAGACCGUCCAAAUCUCACCUGCUCCAAACAAAGUUGCCCCUCCUGGGCCCACCUUCGCCCCUCACUCUGCUCCCACCUCCUCCCAGAGCACCUGUCGCCACCGGGAAGUAUUUAUGUCCUUAUCUGUCACCUAAGAACUUCACCCAUCAGGCUGGGAGCGCCUUGAGGGCAGAAAGCCAGGCUUAACACACAGUAGGUGGGUUUUUUUUAAUUUUUUUUAACGUUUAUUUAUUUUUGAGACAGAGAGAGACAGAGCAUGAACGGGGGAGGGUCAGAGAGAGAGGGAGACACAGAAUCCGAAACAGGCUCCAGGCUCUGAGCGGUCAGCACAGAGUCCGACGCGGGGCUCGAACUCAUGGACCGCGAGAUCGUGACCUGAGCCGAAGUCGGACGCUUAACCGACUGAGCCCCCCAGGCACCCCCACAGUAGGUGUUUAAUUAAUAGCAUAGGAUGAUGCAAUCACCUGGCAAGAAGACUCAUCAGGGAACCUAAGGAAAAGAACAGAGUAUCUCUGAAAAAUGAACACAGAAGCCCCGAGGGGUGCCACUGCCCUUGCCUGGGGACUCCAGUCAUGCCCCUCACUUCCCUUCCCCCAUCACGGCUAAUCCCCAGGUAUGACCAGGGUCUUCUCCUGCUCAAACAUCUCCCAUGGCUCCCUAAUACCCUCAGAACACAGUGGGGCUCCUUCCAACAUUCCACAAGCUCUCUUUGGCCAACCCCUCCUGCCACAUUGCCUAUCCUCGGAGCUUUCUGGCCACCAGACCUUGCCCAAAUUGUUUCCUCCCCUGGAUCAUUCUCCCCUCAAGGCCUGUGCUUGACUCCUACUCAUCCUUCAUUCAGCACCUCAG